AUGCUGGAGGUCCUGGUGCUAAAGAUUGAAGAUCCAGGUUGCUUUUGGGUAAUUAUAAAAGGAUGUAGUCAAUUUUUAGAACAAGAAGUCGACUAUCAAAAACUGAACAGUGCCAUGAAUGACUUCUAUAGCAGCAUGUCAGACAUAGAAAUAAAGCCGUUAAUGCUGGAAGAAGGGCAGGUGUGUGUGGUAUACUGUCAGGAGCUGAAGUGCUGGUGCAGGGCUGUGAUUAAGUCAAUCGUCUCUUCCGCAGACCAUUACCUGGCAGAGUGUUUCCUUGUGGAUUUUGCCAAGUGCAUUCCAGUAAAAUCCAAAAACAUCCGAGUCGCAGUAGAAUCCUUUAUGCAGCUUCCUUAUAGAGCAAAAAAGUUCAGACUUUAUUGUACCAAGCCUGUGACAUUGCACAUUGACUUCUGUGAGGACAGCGCUGAGAUUAUACCUGCCACAAAAUGGGACAGUGCAGCUAUCCAGUACUUUCAGAACAUUCUAAGAGGUAAGGCCAGGGGUGUUACACACUGCUUUGAGUUGAUACAUGUGGUAGCUUACACUUCUGUUGCCAGAUGUCUGAAGAUCCACAUGCAUGGGUGUGACCCCCUUCAUGGUGCUCCUGAAGUUACAUUGAGUCCAUGUGUGUAUCCAUGUGAUUGUAGGCCCAGUGAUACUGUCUUUGUCGCUCUCCACUCUGUGAGGCAGGGUCUUACACUGAGUCCUUGGUUCAUUCAUUCUGGAGAGUCUAGCAGCCAGGUUUGUGUAAAUGAUGAUCUUGUCGCAAAGAACUUUGCUUAUUAUGUGUCACCCAUGGGAAAUAAAAGCCUCAAUACGUUGGAGAAGCCCAGACCCAGUCUCAAUUCGGUGCCCUGCUCCAGUAAGCUCAGCCCAUCACUUACUCUGUGGCCAAUGCUUAUGCAAGGGAAAGACCGUCGUGGAAUGGAAAAUAAAGCUGAAAAAUACAAGGAUUCCUUGAGAGACUCACCUAAAGUUCUGUUUGAGAAGAAGCAGCAGUGCCCCCCUUUAAAACACAUGAACGAGUGUAUUGAAUCUUCAGCAUACUGGCCAACUAAAAGAGGCAUAACUAUAUAUGCUGAUCCAGAUAUUCCAGCAGCAAGUGGGUUUAGCCAGAAACCCAAUGUGAAGCUGCCGCGGUUGACGGAGAAGAGAGACUGUGAUGAGAAGAACGGCUGUGUGAAAUUACUACAGUUUUUAAACCCUGAUCCUUUGAGAGCUGAUGAGAUCUCUGACCUGCAGCAGUUGCAGAAGGUGAAGCUGGGCACACUGCAGCCUGGUGUGGUACUCCGGAACAGGAUCGAGCCCUGUCUGACCCUGGAGAAAUCCCCUCUGUCAGCAGAUCUGAAGAAGGCUCUUCAAAGAAACAAGUUCCCGGGACCCAGCCACACUGCAUCUUACUCUUGGCCCCCUGUUGCGCGUGGCUGUGACGUGGUGGUCAUCUCUCACUGUGGAAAUGACCCUUCAUUGUACCUGCCACCGCUGCUUACGGUUUUGCAGAUGGGGGGCUGCUACAAGUCAUUACCAAGUAGAAAUGGACCUCUUGCAGUCAUCGUGUGUCCUGGGUGGAAAAAGGCCCAGUUUAUUUUUGAGUUAUUGGGAGACUAUAGCAUGUCCUCCAGGCCUCUUCAUCCUGUGUUACUAACAAUUGGACUUCACAAAGAUGAAGCCAAAAAUAUGAAGCUUCCAAGGGGGUGUGAUGUGAUUGUCACAACUCCACACAGCCUCUUGAGACUUCUCACGUACCGAAGCCUGUUGUUUCUUAGACUCUGCCACCUGGUUCUGGAUGAAGUGCAAGUAUUGUUCUUUGAAGCUAAUGAGCAAAUGCUUGCCAUAUUAGAUAACUUUAAAAAAAACGUUGAAGUGGAAGAGCGGGAGUCUGCACCACACCAGAUUGUGGCAGUGGGUGUUCACUGGAACAGACACAUCGACCAUCUAGUCAGAGAGUUCAUGAAGGAUCCCUAUGUCGUGAUCACCGCCCUGGAGGAGGCUGCCCUCUAUGGCAAUGUCCAGCAGGUGGUGCACCUGUGCCUGGAGUGUGAGAAAACCUCGACUUUACUUCAGGUUCUUGAUUUUGUUCCAAGUCAGGCCCAGAAGACCUUGAUCUUCACCUGCUCUGUGGCUGAAACAGAAACUGUGUGUAAGGUAGUGGAAAGCAAUUCAAUAUUUUGCUUGAAAAUGCAUAAAGAGAUGGCUUUUAACUUAAAAAGUAUUUUAGAACAGUGGAAGAAGAAGCUAAGUCCUGGCUCUCACGUUGUAUUAACCUUAACAGACGACUGCAUACCCCUCCUGGCUAUCACCGACGCCACAUGUGUAGUUCACUUCAGCUUUCCUUCUUCCCCAAAAGUGUUUGGUGGACGCCUGUACUGCAUGUCUGAUCAUUUUCAGAGUGUAACUGAACAGGGUUCUCCUGCAGAGCAGGGAGAUAAAAAAACCAAAUCUGUCUUGUUGCUGACGGAGAGAAAUGCAAGCCAAGCUGUUGGUGUCCUGCGAUACUUGGAACGAGCAGAUGCCAAAAUCCCAUCAGAGCUGUAUGAGUUUACUGCUGGGGUCCUGGAAGCCAAAGAAGAUAAGAAGGCCAGAAGACCUCUUUGUUCAUAUCUUAAGAGUUUUGGCUUUUGCAAAGACAAAAGGAUCUGCCCUGACCGGCACCACAUUAAUCCGGAAAUGGAUAUCCCAAGGAAGUUAUCCAGCGAAGCUCUGCCAGUGUCUGGACACGUUAGGAUAAUACCCUUUUACGUUUCAAAUGCAACCAAUUACUUUGGUCGUAUAAUUGAUAAACACUUGGAUCUUUAUGCAACUCUCAAUGCGGAAAUGAGUGAAUAUUUUAAGGAUCCCAGUAACAAAACAGCUGCUGAAAAGGUGGAGAGUUUGGGGUUGUAUGGAUUAGAAGAGAAAACACUUUUCCAGAGGGUUCAAGUAUUGGAGGUGAGCCAGAAGGAAGAUAACUGGGGUUUGGCGAGUGUCUUGGUGAAAUUCAUAGAUGAAGGCAGGACCAAGCUCAUCGCGAGAGACAAGCUGCUGCUGCUCCCAGAGAAAUUCCACACUCUGCCCCCUCAGGCUGUGGAGUUCAUUGUUUGUAGGGUGAGACCAGCUGACAGUGAAAUUGAAUGGAACCCAAAGGUUACUAGAUACAUUCAUCAUAAGAUUGUUGGGAAAAUGCAUGAUGCCAAAGUGGUUCUAGCCUUGGGAAAUACGCUUUGGAUUGAUCCGAUGGUGCAUGUUACAAAACUAUCAAAUCUAAAAACCUCUAUCAUUGAUUAUAAUGUUCGAGCUGAAAUUUUGUCCAUGGGAAUGGGUAUUGAUAAUUCAGAACAUAUAGAACAACUGAAAAAACUAUGCAAAGAAGCCAAACUUCCAGCUUUCGAGGACCUUCUGGGCCAGACCUCGACACCUACCACAGUGGAAGAUGCCAUGUGUCUGCAGGGCACUCAGCAGGGAGAUGGAGACACAGAAAAAAGUGCUGCUUCCAAGGUGGACUUGGACACCCAGAAGGCUGAAGUUUUAUCUGAAGACACUGGCAGUGACUCCAUCAGCAGAACUCCACAACCACACCUGAGGAGCUUUCACCCACAGGUAAAGUGGUUCCAGAAAGAUGAUGUGCUCAUCUUAAAGAUAAAGAUAAGGAAUGUCAAAGAUUAUAAGUGUAAAUUCUUUACAGACAGAGUCAUUUUCAGUGCCUGGGUAGGAGACAAGUUUUACUUGGCUGAUAUGGAGCUGCAAGGUGACAUAAGGAAAGAUGACUGCAAGUGUGUAAUUAAAGACGAUGAACCACUAAUCACACUUGCAAAGGAAAAGAGGGCACGCUGGCGCGGCCUGCUCAAGCAGAGGCAUCCUAAUGUGGCUUUUGACUUUGAUCACUGGGAGGAAUGUGAAGAGGACAGCCCCUUCUCCAAGGUUGUAAAUUCUAAAAACCUGUCCUGCAAAGUGGCAGUGUUGGCUGAGAACAGCGGCACCUCUUCCGACACUACUGGUGGGAGUGACAGCGAGUGAGCCUGUGAGAGAAAGCCGAACAGAGGCGGACAUCGCUGUGUGACUGAGCCACGGAAACAAAUCGUGAAGCUUUUCACCUGGAGAGUGAAUCGUCACUGUACUGUGUGGUGCUGGGGUGGGUGGGGAUGAGAAGUUCUUAACUGAAGGAAAGCAGGCAAACAUAGGUU